AUGGGGGUAAUCCUCCUGAACCCCGUUAAAACCAGUUCUGCACUGGUGUCGUCGCUGGGAACGCAGAGCCAGACUGAAUUCCCCGACGGCAAACAGAGAAACGCACGUAUAGUGAUGACUACCCUGCUACUCACCGAGCAAAUAACGCAAGAAGACCGCGGCUCAGAGGGAAACUACGUGCUUUAUGGAUCCUCUUGCGCCCAAAUCACCGAGGAAGCUGAAUACGUGAAAAAGCAGCUUCCUCAAGCCGCGGGCGAUAGAGCGGAGUCGAAGAGCAGCGGCUGGAGCUGCAGCCCUGUUGCAAGGACGGUGAAGGAAACUGAAGAGCAGCUGCUGGUGGUGAGCAGGGAGAACCAAGUGCUGAAGAUCAAGCUGGAAGCCACGAGAGAAGCAGGUGCACAGGCUCUCAGAUCUGCCUCCCAACAACUGCGUGAGAACUACCGGACUCGGUCAGAAGAACUGAAAAAAGGCCACGAGAAUGAAAAGCAGCAAAUACAGGCCUACAACCUCCAACAAGAAGCAAAGCUCCAGCAAAGCUCCGCUAACGCCGGUCGCCUUGCCGAAAGUAUCGGGGAAAAACGUACCCGCGUCGUAGAGAUGGAGAGGCGCGUGCGAAGGAUGGAGGAGGAAAAGAAAACUCUGAUAGAGAAGAAAAUGGCAUUUGAAAAGACACUUCAAGAGAUGAUGUCAAGGAAUGAGGACAGCAAACGGUGCCUGGAUCUCCAGAGGCAGAUUUCCACCCUGCGGGAGCAGAUCCUCCACCUCCAGCGCGUGAUCCAGGCGCAGCACCACGGCCUGCGCGGCGUGAUAGGAGAGGCAGAGGAACUCAACAAUGAACUCAGAAACCAAGAUAAAAAAAUAGAAAACCUGACAGGGAAGCUGACUGCGCUGGAAGCGCAGAAUAAAGAACUGAAAGACAGACUAGAGUUCUGGUCUAGCCAGCCCAAGGCUAUCGCUUCCAAAGCUCUCCAGACCGAUGCUGGUCCCUCUCCUAAGGGCAGGCGGGGUGCUGAGCUGGACACCGGGCUCAGGACUCGGCCGGGGCUCCAAGCCGGCUCUACCGCCGCAUCCUGGCUGAAAGAGGAGACGGUGAAGCGGGGAAACCGCAUCGGCCAGGGGCUGAGGAACAAGGAUGCGCUGCUCUGCGAGGGCAGCCACUCCCCUGGCAAGUGCUUGUAUUUGGAAAUGAGUCAUUAG